AUGGAAAUUAAUAAAGUUAUUAAUAUAGGGGAGGCACUCAAUAAAAGUGGAUCUCUUUCUAAAAAGGCAGCUAAGAAAGUGGAGAGACAAUUAUCAAAGGAGACAAAGAGGGAAGCUAAUGAUCCUGGACUAGGCAUUCCUCCUUGGCAAUCCAUAGUAGCAGAAGAUUUCUGUUUAUCUGACUAUGGUAUGGUUCCCUUAAGGGGGUUCUUGGCUAUACGAGAAUUUGUUGAUAUUAAAUAUUUGAUACCUGAAAUAGAAGGCAAAUUUUUAUGGCUUCGAGCACGUAUAGCUGAGUCUAGAUGUAAAGGAUCACUAGGUUUCUUUCUAUUACGUCAAUCAUUCUUCAGUGUACAAGGAGUUGCUAACGUAAAUCAAGGUACCAAGAAGGAUUUACUUAAGUGGUUAAAGUCAUUACCAAUUGAAAGCAUUGUUGAUAUAUAUGGUAAAGUCGUUAUUCCGGAAAUACCUGUAUCUUCUUCAUCUCAGAGAGUAGAGAUCAUAAUUCAUAAGGCUUUUUGUGUAUCUGCUGCGUCGAAAGAGCUACCAUUUCAGUUGAAAGACGCUAAUAGACCUGAGGUUGAUUCACACUUCUCAGAUGGUAACCAAAUAAGGGUUCUGCAGGAUGUAAGGUUGGAUAAUCGCGUUCUAGAUCUGAGAACUUUUGCAAAUCAGGCAAUAUUUCGCAUUCAGGCAAUGGUGUGUGAACUUUUUAGGGAAUUUUUAAUUCAGAAUAGAUUCAUUGAGAUACAUACACCCAAAAUAUUGGGUGGUGCAUCAGAGGGAGGAGCAAGCGUAUUUACACUGAAGUAUUUUGGUCAACCAGCAUGCUUAGCUCAAUCUCCUCAAUUAUAUAAACAAAUGGCAAUAUGUGGAGAUAUGGACAGAGUUUUUGAAAUAGGUCCUGUGUUCCGUGCAGAAAAUUCAAAUACUCAUCGUCACUUAUGCGAAUUCGUUGGGUUAGAUAUUGAAAUGACUAUUAAGAAUUCCUAUAUUGAAGUUGUGGAUUUAUUAGAGGAAUUAUUUAUUUUUAUUUUUAAUGGAAUUAACACAAGGUGCCAAUAUGAAUUGGAAGUAAUAAGUAACAAUUACUCAUUUCCUCCAUUUAAAAUUCCAGUGAAUACACCUCGUCUUACUUUUGAAGAAGGAUGUAAUUUACUAAGAGAGUCAGGAGUUGAAAUACCUAAUAAUAUAAAGGAGUUUGAUCUCUCUACUGAACAUGAGAAACUAUUAGGUUCAAUUGUUAAGGAAAAGUACAACUCUGACUUUUAUAUACUUUUACGAUAUCCAUUGAAAGUUCGUCCAUUUUAUACUAUGCCUGAUCCUGCAGAUCCUGAGAACUGGUCUAACUCGUACGACUUCUUUAUGAGAGGAGAGGAGAUUAUCAGUGGAGCUCAGCGUAUUCAUGAUUAUGAUUUCUUAAUGAAGAGAGCAGAAGAAUGUGGCUUAGUUAUUGAGUCAAUAAAAGAAUAUAUAGAUUCAUUUAAAUUAGGUGCCUUUCCUCAUGGUGGUUGUGGAAUUGGUUUAGAACGUGUCGUAAUGUUAUUUCUAAAUUUAGGAAAUAUAAGGAGAUCAUCAAUGUUCCCUCGUGAUCCCAAAAGAUUAAACCCUUAA